AUGUUAGAAGAAUUACUGCAAAAAGAAUCAGAUCACGUAAAGACUUUCGGAAUAGCAGGAAUAGUUUCCCUUGCUAUUUUCUACUUUUUGAUAUAUCCUUUGUACUUAAACCCGUUGUGCAAAGUUCCUGGUCCCAAAAUAUGUGCGUUAUCAAAAUUCUGGAUUUUGUACAAGAGUUGGUCCGAACAAAGAAAUCACUAUGUCGAUGAACUUCAUAAGGAAUAUGGACCAAUUGUUAGAAUUGGACCUAAUGAAGUGGAUAUAAGUGACUCCGAUUACUUGAAUGAGGUGUUUAUUCGGGACAUGGAAAAGAGUAAAUUUUACUCUCAAUUUGUCAACUAUAAUUCGCACAACACUUUCUCGACUAUUGAUAAGGUUGGCCAUCGUCAAAGUAGAAAAGUUACCACUAGGUUUUAUUCAAAGACACACGUUUGCACGGAUGAGGUCCAGGAUUAUAUCAGGGGUAUAAUGUCUAAAUUGUUGAAAAUUAUGGAUGAGUACAAGACCAAACCUAUCAACGCUUUUAUCCUUUGGUCGGAUAUGGCCAUGGACGCCAUCACUAUAUUUUCGUUUGGAACCAAAUAUUAUCAAUCUGUUCUUGAUGAUCCUUUUGGACUUGGCAAGGAAAUAAUUAUGGAAUUCUUUACGCAAUCUUCGUCUUGGUUUUGGGACACCCAGCUUCCAUCCUUACGUAAGCUUGCAGUUCCAAAAAGUGUUGAUAUUGCUGCUCAAAAGUGUUACGACUGGAUCGAAGCCCAGUUCAAUAAAUCACUUGGAGGAAUUGGCGAUUCUCAGCAAACUUUGGUUAACACGGUUUUAGGUGAAAAAGCGCAGAGUUCGCCUAAACCGGUGUUUGAUAAAGGAAGGGCUAAGAGUGAGUGCUUUGACCACAUUGCUGCCGGACAUAAUACCACAGCUACCACACUUAGUUACGUGUACUUUUCUCUUGCUAGAAACCCAGAAGUUCAAAAGAAGCUAAUCGAGGAGUUGAAGCAGUUUAAUGGCGGAAAGUAUCUUGCUGCAGAUGAUUAUAAUUCGCAGAUUUACGCGCAAAUUGAGAAUUUACCUUAUUUGAAUGCAGUCGUGGACGAAACACUCAGAGUUUAUUCUGCAAUACCAGGCCAAGAGCCUAGAGUGGCACCCAAGGGAGGAAUGAUUUGGAGAGGAUCCAAAGAGACACCAAAGUGUAUUAUACCUCAAGGAACAGUUAUCACUAUUCAACCAUGGUCAAUCCAUCGUAAUAAGGAUGUUUUUACCGACCCAAACCACUGGAAUCCGGACAGGUGGAUGAUUGAUAACGAAGAAAAAUUAAAGGUGAUGCACAAGAACCUGAUACCAUUCAGUGCCGGUGCACGGAUGUGCAUUGGAAAAAACUUGGCAUUGUGCGAAAUCAAGAUGAACAUCUCCAACAUGAUGAGUAGAUACAGAGUCAAGUUACAGGAUAAUUUUGAUUAUGAUAAAUAUUCGUACUUUGCGGACAUGUAUACUAGUGUUCCUGCUUGUGGUCAGAUGCCACUUAUUUAUGAGCCUUUGCUGGACCCAAUCGAAUCUAAGGAGUAA